AUGUCGAACGUUUUCUUCCCAUAUUCCAAGGCGCCUUUGCGCACCAUCAAGGAAAUCCAGUUCGGUCUGUUUGCUCCCGAAGAAAUCAAGCGCAUGAGUGUGGUACACAUCGAGUAUCCGGAAACAUUGGAUGACCAACGCCAACGCCCCCGGACGAAGGGUAUCAACGACCCCCGACUUGGUACAAUCGACAGACAAUACAACUGCGAGACCUGUGAAGAGGGACCGAAAGAAUGCCCUGGGCACUUUGGUCACAUCGAACUUGCCUGCCCAGUUUACCACAUUGGUUUCUUGACAAAAAUUAAGAAGCUUUUGGAAACCGUCUGCCACAACUGUGGAAAGAUCAAGGCCAACACGAGCGACAGCAAGUUCACCGAGGCUCUUCGAUUCCGUGACCCCAAGCGACGAUUCGACGCAAUCUGGCGUCUCUCCAAGGAUGUCUUGAUCUGUGAGGCUGACGCGCCUGCCGACGACGAGGAUCCCAAGGAGGCAUCCAAGGGACGCAACCACGGCGGUUGCGGUAACGCGCAACCCACAGUUCGGAAAGAAGGAAUUUGCUUGGUAGGAACAUGGAAGCCCAGCAAGGCUAUGAUGGAGGAGGAGAUGGCACAACCUGAAAAGAAGGUCAUCACUCCCGCUAUGGCACUGAACAUCUUCCGCAACAUCUCUAUUGAGGAUGUGCGGAUUAUGGGCCUGAGCAAUGACUAUGCCCGUCCAGAGUGGAUGGUUCUUACCGUUCUUCCUGUGCCCCCUCCCACUGUCCGCCCCAGCGUCGUCAUGGGAGCUACCAGUGGUGCUCGUGGAGAGGAUGAUCUUACCUACAAGCUCGCUGAAAUUGUGCGUGCAAACCAGAACGUUCAACGAUGUGAACAGGAGGGUGCACCCGAGCACGUCAUUCGCGAAUUCGAGUCUUUACUCCAAUAUCACAUCGCCACAUACAUGGAUAACGACAUCGCUGGACAGCCAACUGCAAUGCAAAAAGGAAACCGUCCUGUCAAGGCUCUCCGCAGCCGUUUGAAGGGUAAGGAGGGUCGUCUUCGUCAGAACUUGAUGGGCAAGCGUGUGGAUUUCUCCGCCCGUACUGUCAUUACUGGUGAUCCCAACUUGUCCCUCGAUGAAGUCGGUGUGCCCUACUCGACCGCCCGUAUUCUCACAUACCCCGAAGUUGUGACGCCAUACAACAUCGAGAAGCUUCAGAAGUUGGUUUCGAACGGACCCAACAUUCACCCCGGUGCUCGUUACAUCGUCCGUGACAAUGGUGAGCGUAUCGAUCUGCGUCACGCCAAGCGUGCCGGCACCCAGCAGCUCCUUUAUGGCUGGAAGGUUGAGCGCCACCUUGACAACGGCGACUACAUUCUUUUCAACCGUCAGCCCUCUCUGCACAAGGAAUCCAUGAUGGGUCACAGAGUUCGCGUGAUGCCUUUCUCCACCUUCCGCAUGAACUUGUCGGUAACGAGUCCUUACAACGCCGAUUUCGAUGGUGAUGAGAUGAACUUGCACGUUCCCCAGGGCGAAGAGGCUCGCGCCGAGCUUGCUGAACUGACCCUGGUCCCCAAGAACAUUGUCUCUCCCCAGCGUAACGGUCCACUUAUGGGUAUUGUCCAAGAUACCCUUUGUGGUAUCUACAAAAUCUGCCGUCGUGACAGUUUCCUCACCAAGGAUCAAGUAAUGAAUCUCAUGCUCUGGGUUCCCGACUGGGAUGGUGCUAUUCCUCCACCUGCUAUUCUGAAGCCUCGCCCCCGUUGGACCGGAAAGCAGAUCAUCAGUAUGGCUUUCCCGUCUGGCCUCAACCUACUGCGUGUCGAUAAGGAUGGUUCGCCGUUGGCCGAGAAGUUCAGUCCUCUCAACGAUGGCGGUCUCUUGAUCCACGGUGGCCAGCUGAUGUAUGGCAUGCUCUCCAAGAAGACUGUUGGUGCCAGUGGUGGCGGUGUCAUCCACACCAUCUUCAACGAGUAUGGCCCUGACACCUGUGUCAAGUUCUUCAACGGUGCCCAGUCUAUUGUCGGUUACUGGCUUCUCCACCACGGUUUCAGUAUUGGUAUUGGUGACACAAUUCCCGAUCAAAUGACCAUCAACAAGAUUGAGGAAGCCGUUCGCAACCGAAAGCAGGAAGUCGAGCAGAUCACUGCCAGCGCUACUGAGAACACCCUUGAGGCCCUCCCCGGUAUGAACGUCCGUGAAACAUUCGAGAGCAAGGUUUCUCGUGCCCUGAACAAUGCUCGUGAUGAGGCUGGUGAUGCCACCGAGAAGAGUUUGAAGGAUUUGAACAACGCCAUUCAGAUGGCUCGUUCCGGUUCCAAGGGUUCCGCUAUCAACAUCUCCCAGAUGACUGCGCUGGUCGGACAGCAGUCCGUCGAAGGAAAGCGUAUUCCUUUCGGUUUCAAGUACCGCACAUUGCCGCACUUCACAAAGGAUGAUUACUCUCCUGAGUCCCGUGGCUUCGUUGAGAACUCAUACCUCCGUGGUCUGACCCCAACAGAGUUCUUCUUCCACGCCAUGGCUGGUCGUGAGGGUCUGAUUGAUACUGCUGUCAAGACUGCCGAAACUGGUUACAUCCAGCGUAAGCUUGUCAAGGCUCUUGAAGAAGUGAUGGUCAAGUAUGAUGGAACUGUUCGCAAUUCCAUGAACGAUAUCAUUCAGUUCAUUUACGGAGAGGAUGGUCUCGAUGGUGCUCACAUUGAGAACCAGCGCGUCGAUCACAUCAAGUGUGACGAUGAAACCCUCAGGAAGCGCUUCCGCGUUGAUGUCAUGGACCCUGAAAGCACUCUGGGCCCUGAGGUUCUGGAGCAAGCCAAUGAGAUUGCUGGUGAUAUGGAGGUUCAGAGGUUCUUUGACGAAGAAUGGGAGGCGAUUGUUAAGGAUCGUGAAUUCCUCCGAACUGUGGUGAAGGAGGACGAAGAAAUGAUGCAGCUUCCCAUCAACAUUCAGCGCAUCCUUGAGAUGGCUCGCACAACCUUCCAUAUUCGCGAAGGCACUAUCAGUGACUUGCACCCCGCCGAGGUCAUUCCUCAAGUUCAGCAGCUACUGGAUCGUUUGGUGAUUGUCCGCGGUGAGGAUGUUAUUUCGCGUGAGGCGCAGGUGAACGCAACCUUGUUGUUUAAGGCGCAGUUGCGUAGUCGUCUUGCUUUCCGUCGCCUCGUCACGGACUAUUCUCUUAACAAGCUGGCAUUCCAGCACGUGCUCGGUGCCAUUGAGAGUCGUUUCGCUCGCGCCGCCGCAAACCCCGGUGAAAUGGUUGGCGUUCUUGCUGCCCAAUCCAUUGGAGAACCCGCUACGCAGAUGACACUGAACACAUUCCACUUUGCUGGUGUGUCCUCCAAGAACGUUACCCUUGGUGUGCCUCGUCUCAAGGAAAUUUUGAACGUUGCUACCAACAUCAAGACACCGUCCAUGACUGUCUACCAAGAAGGCAUGGACACCCACAACAAGGAUGGUGCCAAGACUCUUCGCAGUCUUGUCGAGCACACUAGUCUGCGGUCCGUGACCGAGUCCACUGAGAUCUACUAUGACCCCGAAAUCCAGUCUACUGUCAUUGAGAACGAUAGGGAUAUGGUGGAAUCCUACUUUAUCAUUCCCGAGGAUACUGAGGAUGACUCGAGCUCACAGUCCAAGUGGUUGCUUCGUAUCGUUCUUAGCCGUCCUUCACUUCUCGAUAAGGGUCUCACGGUUCAAGACGUCGCGACCAGAAUCAAGCAAGCCUACCCGCGGGAUAUCGCCGUCAUCUUCAGUGAUAACAACGCCGAUGAGCAAGUCAUUCGUAUUCGCCAAGUCCAAGACUACAAGGAUGACGAUGACGAAGAUGUUGAGUACGACGUCACUCUCAAGAAGCUCGAGCAGCAUCUGCUGGACACUUUGACUCUUCGUGGUGUCACUGGCGUCGACCGUGCUUUCAUCAACGAGAAGCCCAAGGUCCGCGUCCACGAUGAUGGUCGUCUCUUCUCGGACAAGAAUGAUCCCCUCUGCAAGGAGUGGGUUCUUGAAACCAGUGGUUCCUCCCUGGCUGCCGUUCUUUCGAUUCCCGGCGUUGACGCCUCUCGUACAUACUCUAACCAGUUUAUCGAGAUUUUCGAGGUCUUCGGUAUCGAAGCUGCGCGUACAGCCGUGCUCCGCGAGUUGACGCUUGUGCUCGCUUUCGACGGUUCCUAUGUCAACCACCGUCACUUGGCGCUUUUGGUUGAUGUCAUGACAGUCCGUGGUUACUUGACCCCUGUUACUCGUCACGGUAUCAACCGUGCCGACAACGGUGCUCUUAUGCGUUGUUCUUUCGAAGAGACAGUCGAGAUUUUGCUUGAGGCUGCUGCCUUCGGAGAACUUGAUGACUGCCGUGGUGUAUCCGAAAACUUGAUCCUUGGACAGAUGGCGCCCGCUGGAACGGGUGAGUUCGACGUCUACCUGGACCAGAGCUUGCUCAACACAGUCGUGUCGAACAAUGCACGUUACGGACUCAUGGGUGCAGUCGGGGCCAAGGAUGCCAUCAUCCCCGACGGUGCCGCCACUCAGUAUGACACUGGCUCGCCUAUGGCCAGCUCACCCUACAUGACUGACAGUGACCCCGAUGCUUCAUUCUCGCCGCCCCACAACAUUGUUCAGGAUACCGGUGGCUUGACUAGCUACGGUGGCAACUCUGGAUUUGACAGCACUGGCGGCUUUAGCCCUGCGGGUCGCAGCCCCGGUUACUCUCCCACGAGUCCAUUCAACACCAGCCCAACAUCUCCUGGAUAUUCGCCGUCUUCAAGCUACUCACCAACUUCGCCUGGUAUGAGCAUGACCAGUCCUCGGUUCAAUCCAACAUCCCCUGGCUUCUCCCCUGCCAGCCCAUCGUUUGCCCCGACGUCUCCGGCUUACUCGCCAACCUCGCCUGCGUAUGGUCAAGCGUCUCCCACCUCGCCAUCGUACUCUCCAACGUCGCCUGGGUUCUCCCCCACUUCACCCAACUACAGCCCAACAUCGCCUAGCUUCAGUCCAGCCUCGCCUGCCUUUAGCCCGACGUCACCCAGCUACAGCCCCACCAGUCCUGCGAUUGGCGGUGGCCGGCACCUGUCCCCAACCUCACCCACAUCUCCUAAGUACACACCUACUUCCCCUGGGUGGUCUCCCACGAGUCCCCAGUCCUACUCGCCAACUUCGCCGAACUUCUCUGGCUCUCCGACGUCUCCGGCCUACAGCCCCACUUCACCGGCUUACAGCCCUACGUCGCCACGUCAGUGA